AUCCCAUCUAAGCAGAUAUAAGAAGCUUCGCAAAAACGCUGGAAAUCUUAGUAACAAAUCGGUAUAGUAGUGGUGCGAAUGAACAUUUAUUGGCGUAAUUUUAGAGUGGAGAAAAAAUAUUAAAAUUAAUAAAGUAUAAGUAUUUGAAAGAGAAAGAUCGAAAUGACCUCGGUGAUAUUCAUUUUAUUCUUUAUAUUACAAGGCGCUUAUUCUUUCCAAGCUACCGCGGUUUUCGUACAUAACAUAGAUGACUUGAUAUCAAAAGCCAAUAUUUACUAUCAGAAACCCGCAACUUCUGCUAGUAUCGGCGAACUGAUCUUGAGUGAGGUGGAGCAGUUGCCUACGAAAACUGAUAUAAAACUCAUUAUACAUGGUUUCACUAGUAGUCGGUCUCACUUCUCCAUUACACCGCUGAGGAAUGCAUAUCUCGCUAAAGGUAAGGACAACGUUCUGCUCGCAGAUUGGUCCGAUGCUGCUGGUGUGGAUUAUCCCACCUCUCGUAAGGCGAUUGUACAAAUUGCGAAACAGUUUGGAGAGCAACUAAAGGAGUUUAUGGACAAACACGAGAUCGCUCCCGCUGACGUGCACGUCAUCGGCCAUAGUUUAGGUGCACAUGUCGCUGGCAAUCUUGGUGAUUACUUUAAUGGCACUUUGGGACGUGUAACCGGUUUAGAUCCCGCUUUGCCGCUGUUUACACCGCUCUCCGUCGAUGGCUUACACCACUCCGCGGCACAGUUCGUCGAUGUAAUACAUACAGACUUUCCGGUAUUUGGCGAUGGCACUCCACGUGGCAAUGUUGAUUUCUAUCCGAAUUUCGGAACUGCACCACAACCAGGUUGUGCCGAUAUGGAUGUGCUACUGAUUGCAAAGCAAUUACUAUUUGAACAAUAUAGCUGUAGUCAUAAUCGCGCAGUGUUCUUAUAUGCUGAAUCUAUUGGACAGCCGGCGAGCUUUCCAGCAGCAUCAUGCACUCUAAGUGGCAUCAAAACGUUGAACGUCAAUGGUUGUCGAAGAAAGGUGGAUGAAAGUGAGGUGAUUUAUAUGGGAGAAGAGGUGUCGCGGAGUGCCACUGGAUAUUUUUAUCUGCCAACCAAUGAUGCACCACCCUUUGGCAUGGGAGCAAAUACCAACUUCUGACUUAGGUAGGAUCCUGAGGUUCUGAGCAGGUGGGAUGCUUAUCCGGCGGAGGACCAUAGCAACGUGAGAAGCGAGAACUUUCGCGUUUUAGUUGUAUGGAAAAGGGCUACACUCCCGUUUAUUACAAACGUUAUAAAAAGUUUAUUUAUUAAAAAUGAUUGAAUUGCAUAUGUCUAAUUACAUAUAUAUGUAUGUAUGGAAAUCACGUAAAUGUUAAAAUGUUCAUGUCCG